AUAUGUAAUUUGUAAUUACAACUAUAUCUUGGAUAUUUUCAGUAGAAAUUUCUAUAAUCGUGAGGAUCGUUUUUAUUGUAAUCAGAUAAUAUAUUAACGUUUUCCAAGUGGUAAUAAAGGUUAUACCAGAUAUCGUCUGCGAUAUAUUAUGUAUGGGAUUGUAGUCGUCCAAUGUACGGUAUUUAUACGAAAGGAUAGUUGUGUAUUUAAAUAAUUCCUAACAUGGCAAACACCGGGGUAUUACCGUUUGUGCGUGGUAUCGAUUUCAGUAGUAACGAUUUCGGAAAUGGUAAAUUUCCAGAGUCGGUGCGUCUUAUGACCGGUAUACAAUGGUUGAAAUUGAACGAAACCAACUUAACGGAGAUUCCGGAGGAAAUGGGUAAACUGUUAAAACUGGAACAUCUUUCGUUGGUUAAAAAUAAGCUGGAGCGUUUGUACGGCGAAUUGACGGAACUCGGUUGUCUUAGAACAUUGAAUAUUAGACGCAACAAUAUCAAGUCCAGUGGCAUUCCGGCGGAACUCUUUCAUUUAGAAGAAUUGACUACGCUAGAUCUGAGUCGUAAUAACUUGAAAGAAGUACCGGAUGGAUUGGAGCGAGCUCGUUCGUUGUUGAAUCUUAAUUUGAGCCAUAAUCAUAUCGAUACGAUUCCGAACACGUUGUUCAUUCAUCUGACAGACUUGUUGUUUCUGGACCUCAGUAAUAAUAAGUUAGAAACGUUGCCACCGCAGACUCGUCGGUUGGCCAACUUGCAAAGUUUAAAUUUAAAUCAUAAUCCGUUAGGACAUUUUCAGUUGAGACAACUGCCAUCUUUGAUGAAUUUAACGACUCUACAGAUGCGCGAUACUCAACGUACUUUAAACAAUAUUCCGUCGAGCUUGGAAACCUUGACGAAUCUACAAGAACUUGAUUUAUCGCAAAAUAAUUUACCUCGAGUACCGGACGCGCUGUAUUCCUUACUAAAUCUGCGUCGUUUAAAUUUAAGCGAUAACGAAAUAACUGAAUUGUCUACAGCGAUCGAAUUGUGGACCAAAUUAGAGAUAUUAAAUAUUUGUCGUAAUAAAUUGACAGCGAUACCUGCUUCUCUAUGUAAAAUCGUUACCUUAAGGAGACUAUACUUAAACGAUAAUCAAUUAGAUUUUGAAGGUAUUCCUUCGGGAAUUGGCAAAUUGUCGUCGUUACAAGUGUUUUCAGCGGCUAAUAAUCACUUGGAAAUGAUACCGGAAGGAUUGUGCAGGUGCGGUUCGUUAAAAAGAUUAAUACUCUCGUCGAACCGAUUAAUCACCGUACCAGACGCUAUUCAUCUUCUUACCGAUUUGGAACAAUUGGACUUAAGAGAUAAUCCAAAUUUGGUAAUGCCACCGAAACCUAUCGAAGCUCAAAAAGGCUCCGGAAUAGAAUUUUAUAACAUUGAUUUUUCUUUGCAACAUCAACUGCGACUUGCCGGCGCUAAUGUUCCUACACCGACGCAAACGGCUAGUAGUAAAGAUCCGAUAGCCCGUAAAAUGAGACUGCGAAGAAGAAGAGAUCAAGAAGAAGCUGAUCAAGAUCAAGCGAAAAUAUUGAAGGGUAUGAAAGAUAUUGCGAAAGAGAAGAAUAAGGACAAAGAGUGCGAAGAGUCUAAAACGGAAUCGUUAAAACCGAAACGAUGGGACGAAACCUUGGAAAAACCACCUUUGGAUUAUUCCGAAUUUUUUGACGAAGACGCCGGUCAGGUGCCUGGACUGUCCGUUUGGGAAAUCGAAAAUUUUCUACCAAACGAGAUAGAAGAGGUAGCGCAUGGAAAAUUUUACGAAGGGGAUUGUUACAUCGUUUUGAAGACCGAGAUCGAUGAAGCUGGAUCUCUGGUGUGGGCGAUUUAUUUUUGGAUCGGAGAAAAGGCUACGCUGGACAAAAGGGCCUGUGCUGCGAUUCAUGCCGUAAACUUACGUAACUAUCUAGGUGCACAAUGUCGUACUAUCAGAGAAGAACAGGGCGAGGAAUCGGAUGAAUUUUUAAUGUUGUUCGAGUCUGGUAUCACGUAUAUAGAAGGUGGACGUACCUCGUCUGGUUUUUACACGGUCGAAGAUACGCCGUCGAUAACGCGACUUUAUAGAGUCCACGCUGCCGGUGCUUCGAUUCAUUUAGAGCCGGUUCCGGUACGUUUCGAUUCUCUGGAUCCGGGUUUUGUAUUUGUUCUGGAUUCUGGUUAUAAGAUUUUCAUAUGGUACGGUAAGAAUGCGAAGAGCACGUUGAAAUCGAAGGCGAGAUUGAUGGCGGAGAAAAUAAAUAAAAACGAAAGGAAGAACAAAGCAGAAAUUUUAACGGAGCUAAUGACUUCCGAGUCUGACGAUUUUCUCUCUCGUUUGAAUGUUAAAGAUGUUUCUCGACUACCACCGAUUAUUGAACACGUAGAUUCCAAUUUUCUACCGUUUACGCCGCGACUGUAUCAAGUUCAACUUGGUAUGGGUUAUUUAGAGUUACCACAGGUUGAAGUGCCUCACGGAAAGUUAACGAAUACGCUGUUGAACAAUCGUAACGUGUAUAUAUUGGAUUGCCAUUUGGAUGUUUAUGUUUGGUUUGGCAAGAAGUCGACAAGAUUGGUACGAGCUGCUGCCGUUAAGCUUUCUCAAGAAUUGUUUAACAUGAUAGAACGACCGGAAUACGCUAUGGUAACAAGAUUGCAAGAAGGAACGGAGUCUCAGAUAUUUAAGUCUAAAUUCACCGGUUGGGACGAAGUUAUAGCCGUUGAUUUUACUAGAACUGCCGAAUCGGUCGCUAAAACUGGCGCGGAUCUUACGAAAUGGGCGAAACAACAGGAAACGAAGGCCGAUCUAGCUGCGCUCUUUAUGCCCAGACAACCGUCGAUGUCGUUCGCGGAAGCGCAGCAACUCAUGUCCGAAUGGAAUGACGAUUUGGAAGGAAUGGAGGCGUUAGUUUUAGAAGGGAAGAAAUUCGUACGUUUACCCGAAGAAGAAUUAGGUCAUUUUUAUAGCGGCGAUUGUUACGUAUUUCUAUGCCGUUAUUGGAUGCCGUUGGAUACCGCUGAAAACGAAGACGGCGAAGAUCAAUUCGAAGAAGAUUAUCAGUGCACGGUAUAUUUUUGGCAAGGCAGAGACGCAGGAAACAUGGGAUGGUUAACGUUCACGUUUAGCUUACAGAAAAAGUUUAAAUCACUGUUCGGUGAGAAUCUGGAAGUGGUUAGAACUCAUCAGCAACAAGAGAAUUUAAAAUUUUUAGCGUAUUUUAAAAGAAAAUUCAUUAUACAUCGCGGUAAGCGUAAACAGCCCAAAUCGUGUAACGACAACAAGGUUGAAUUUUAUCAUCUCAGAAGUAACGGAAGCGCGCUGUGUACGAGGUUGAUACAAAUACCAGCCGAUUCGACGUUACUCAACUCUUCGUUCUGCUACAUCUUAAAUGUACCGUUCAAUAACGACGACGAAACUGGAAUAGUAUACGCUUGGAUCGGCUCGAAAGCGGACAGCGACGAAGCUCGUUUGAUCGAAGAAAUUGCCGAAGAAAUGUUCAAUAACCCAUGGAUUAGUUUGCAAGUUUUGAACGAAGGCGAAGAACCUGAUAACUUUUUCUGGGUAGCUCUCGGUGGAAAAAAGCCAUACGACACCGAUGCGGAAUACAUGAACUACACUAGAUUAUUCAGAUGUUCGAAUGAGAAAGGAUAUUUUACGAUUAGCGAGAAAUGCGCCGAUUUUUGUCAAGAUGACCUAGCGGACGAUGAUAUUAUGAUACUUGAUAACGGUGAACAAGUAUUUCUGUGGCUAGGAAGUCGUUGUUCGGAAGUAGAAAUUAAAUUGGCUUAUAAAUCUGCUCAGGUAUACAUUCAACAUUUGCGAGCAAAGCAACCGGACAAACCACGAAAAUUGUUUUUGACCGCAAAAGGAAAGGAAUCUCGAAGGUUCACUAAGUGUUUCCACGGCUGGAGUUCGCAUAAAAGGUCGCCUCAAUAAGACGUUUAAUAAAACUUGGUUUUCUAUGAUACACAUA